AUGGCGUCCAAUACUUCGGUCGUUUUCGACCUUCCGCCUCUUCCUUCGUAUACCUUGACCCCUCGCGAACCUCUCCUUGCUCCGAUCUCCGAUAACAUACUCUCGUUGAUUCUGCCGAUCGUCGCCUAUUGGGGUCUAUCAAUGGUUUAUCACCUCAUCGAUGUCUACGAUCUUUUCCCGCAGUACCGUCUACACACGCCCGCAGAGGUCCUCAAGCGAAACCAUGUCACGCGCUGGCACGUGGUUCGAGAUGUCGUCCUCCAACAGGUCGUUCAAACAAUUGCAGGUUAUGCAGUGAGCUAUUUCGAUGAGCAGGAGUGUGUUGGAAAGGAGGAAUACGAUGUCGCUGUCUGGGCUCAACGCAUCCGCAUUGUCCAGAGGGUGCUGCCUGGUUUCUUGGCUCUGUUUGGAAUUGACGCAUUGGGACUGGCCAAGAAUCUGUCCCGGAGCGGCCAUACGAUGCUUGCCGGAGCUCUGUCGGGUGGAAAAUACCCUGGAAUGACGCAGUCGAUUAUCCUCGAGUCUGGCGUGGAAGCCAUUGCUCCAGCUUUCACUGAAUGGGAGAUGACCUUGGCUAGUUUCGUCUUUUGGUACUUUGUUCCGUUUGUGCAAUUCGUCUGGGCUAUCAGCGUCGUGGAUACUUGGCAAUACUUCUGGCAUCGCGCUAUGCAUUUGAACCGCUGGCUAUAUGUCAAAUUCCAUUCGCGCCACCAUCGCCUUUAUGUCCCGUAUGCUUUUGGUGCUUUGUACAAUCAUCCAGUCGAAGGGUUCCUCCUUGAUACAGCCGGUACGGGUGUGGGAUUUUUGACCGCCCGGAUGACCACCCGUCAAAGCAUGUGGUUCUUCACGAUGUCUACAAUUAAAACCGUCGAUGACCAUUGCGGCUACGAGUUCCCUUGGGACCCCCUUCAGAAGAUCACGUCCAACAACGCCGCCUACCACGACAUCCACCACCAAAGCUGGGGUAUCAAGAACAACUUCUCUCAACCAUUCUUCAUUUUCUGGGAUCGAAUGUUGGGUACCAAGUGGGAGGGCGAUGUCAAAAACCGCUACGAACGGUCCCGGGAGAGCGCUCAGAAAAAGGUGGAGCAAGAUGCAGCCGCCGCAGCUACCGCUAUCAAGGAGCGCAGCGAAGGUGCAGUAGUCUCGGGAGAGCCAACUGACUCGAAUGCUCGAACGCGCCUUCGCAGAAAGACCUUGUCCACCAGCGUUGAAGAUCUCAAGGGUGUAACCCAUGGUGUGGCCAGCAGUGUCCUCCAGGCCUAG